AGGUGUGACGUCAGUUCCGCUCGCCAUUUGGCUGUAUCGCCUGGUCAGGGCCGGCCGCGCCGCCGCCAUGACGGACCGGUACACCAUCCACAGCCAGCUGGAGCACCUGCAGUCCAAGUACAUCGGGACGGGCCACGCCGACACCACCAAGUGGGAGUGGCUGGUGAACCAGCACCGGGACUCGUACUGCUCCUACAUGGGCCACUUCGACCUGCUCAACUAUUUCGCCAUCGCCGAGAACGAGAGCAAGGCCCGCGUCCGCUUCAACCUCAUGGAGAAGAUGCUGCAGCCCUGCGGGCCGCCCGCCGACAAGCCCGACGAGUCUUAGCCCGCCCCGCCCGGGCUCCGGCCCCGGCCCCGGGGCGCUUGUGCCGUAGGGGCGGGUUGGCCGGAGCGAGCGGCGACGGGGCCGGGGCCGCCCCUCGGUGCGAGGUGCCGUGGCGGCCCGGCCGGGCUGCGCUGGGGCGGCCGGGCUGCCGGACGAGGCCGAGCCUGGCACCGCUGAGAGCGGCGUGACCCCCGCGGGAAGGCCCAGGGAGCCGCCCCAGCGAGCACGGGCAGCGAUGGCGUCUGCAGCCCCCGAGCUUGUGCCCCCUCUGCUUCUCUGGACGUUCCCUCGGAAGACUCUGGCGGGGAGAAGCCUUGUAAAAUGCCUGCUUCUGGACAGCCUCGUCUCUUUUAACCGUACAAUCGUUCGUGGUUUUAUCUUUAUUUUAAUGGAAAAUAAUAAAAUUUACUGGGCAUUUCUAA